AUGGCAGACGAAAGUCGCCCGACACGAAGGGCCGUUUUGCUGGAAGAGGUUUUUCGCAUCUUAGAUUCAAAGCAACGCGGCUUUGUCAGCAAGGUCGAGCUUGCUCAUAUUCUGGAUGCCAUGCAGGCUGACGCCAAGGGUCCAAUGCCCAUCCCGGAGGCAUUGCUCCCGCACAAGAUUUCGCGUGAUUGCAAAGUCAGUCCGCAAGACCUCACCGGUUGGCUGGAAGCGUUGUCUGUAGCGGAGCUGGAAGAUGUCAAAUGGUUUGCAGAAAGCGUGGUCAAAGUGGAGUCGGAGCUUCGAGAAGUCUGGCUACAUGCAGUCAAGCGAUGGCAAGAAGCUGUUGUGCAACUGCAAUCUCGCGACCUGCACCGCUACCUGCUGUCCUCACAGCCGAGCCGGGUGGCCCGCUGGCUCCAGCUCCGGACAGACACAAGUGAGCCUGUUGGCCUUCCAGGUCUCGGCUUCAGCCAGCACGAGGUGGAGACGCUUUUUGCUGAUGAAACAGCAGAUGACAUCAACGCCUGCCACGAGCAUAUUCAGCCGUUUCUCUUAGCAGUACAGCUCAGAGAAGAACUUGGCCAGCUCGAGCUGAGUGCAGACACGGCUGGACUUGCAUCAGAACUUCUGGCCAAGCUGGUGCAGCUGGCCAGCUCGCGGGACCUGGCCUGCCUUCUAACUCACGAAGAGACCCUCGGUCUGGCCACAAGCCUCGUGGGAGUAGACGGUGUACCCCAGCAGGUUACAGUGGAAGCAUCCAAGCUCAUCAUGACGAUCCUAGGUUGCUUUCAUGGCAGACUGCUGCCACAGGUCAUCGAAUCCAUGAGGGCUGCUGUAAUCUGGAAGACAAGCGCUGGACUUAUGCCCGGCAACAUUGAAUGUGACAUCCAUUCCGAGAGAGUCGAUGACCUCAACAGCAUACAGCUUGAGAGGAUCUGCGGCAGGGACCCUUUUCAGUUGAUCGAUCAUGCUGUGCAGCUCUCGGCUAUUAGCCUGGGGUUCGCCAUGGUAAUUCAACCACAGCUGCUCAUGCCGGAGACACUGGAUGCCCUCAACUGUGCAGCAUCCGCCCUCUGCACCGCAACUUUCUGUGGCACCUGGCCCUGGCGAAAUGUGCAAAUCAGGCACUUGGCACGACUGCAGAAGUUGCCACGCAGACGAGUGCAAAGCCCUGCAACGAUUCGCCUGCGGCGCCUGGAGGUGAGCCAUGCAGAGGCCUUCGGUGGCAUGUCUUGGAACCUCUUGUUGGAGCCGCUAGCUGCUUGUGGUGGAACAUGCCUGCAGGAGUUAUGCCUGGGCCACUUUCUGAUCAACGCAGGAGGCCAAAUUCCAGAUUCCUGUGGCUUUUGGACCGUCCUCCGUCAAGUGACAGGGCAGCUGCAGACACUGCAGUUGCCGCACUUAGUGGUGUGCAUACCAGGUGGCAGCCCUGCUGCCUUUGCAGAAGGCUCAUCUGCGGCUUUGCCGGCCGUUCGUGCUCUUCAAAUUCCCCACGCAACGCUCAUUGAAUGCCGUGCAAGAAGCUUGGUGGCUGAAGCGGUCUCUUCCCAAACUGCGUGCUGGGAGGUGGCUUCGUGGGCCGGAGUUCAGCAGGUUCACCUAAAUGCGAAGGCAACAUAUUGUACACGUCACUCGAUCUCGAUUUUAUGCUUUCCAGCGGGCUUUCUGUGA